AUGCCAGGAUAUCUGAUUCAAGAAACAAUCCCAGCGGAUGAGGACGAUAGAUUUCUGUCCAAUUGCAUGGGUACUGAAUCUGCUCAAUUCAUCAGAUUCUUCACAAUCCCCCAAACGACAAUCAGGACAAUCCAUGUGUUUGCAGCAACUAUGAAACCUUCUACACAAACCAUCAGCAAGACAAGCAAAAAUCUUCAAGGGAAAGAAUCUGAAAGAGAGUCCGAGUGGUCAGCAAGACUGGCUGUUCAUCUGUUUCUGCCUUUGUCAAUGAGGACAGAUUACAUUUUAGAUAGUCGUUCCAAAAAACUCGACGAAUGCCCUUGCUCUUGCAAAACAGUCAUCAGAUACGGUAACACAUCAAUCGAAAAUCCUGAAACAUGGUAUGGGAGAUUCAACAUUAUUGGAAAAUCUGUGAGCGAGCAAGAAAAAAGAAAGAGACCCAGACUCGAGGCUGAAGCCGAUGUAGGUGUCACUGUAGUCACUGAAGAUUCUGAUGACGAUUCAUCAGAUCAAGAUGUGUCCGAUGAUGAGCUCUCCCAAAUUGAAGUCAAAUCAGACAGCCUUGUUGGUCACGUAUCUCAUUUUAUUUCCCAAACCAUUGUGUUUUCAUUUUAUCAGAAAAAAUGCAAUGCAAAUCUUUCUUUUGUGCCAUCCAUUGGAAUCAACAGAAACCGUAUUCAGUUUCAUUUUUAUGAUGCGGAAAAUGACAUUUACCUUCUAAGUCAAGAGAUUCCAUUAUUUGAUAAUGAAAAUAAUUUAAUGUUGCCCACAGUAAUUGCGACCUGGUUGGUUUUGAACUACAAGCAUCUGUUGACAGGCCCAACAAAGGAAAUGGUCAAUGAUGACAAGUUUGGUUUUCAUUCAAAAAUUGCACCACCAAGUUUGAAUCUUUAUAAAAAUGAAAUAAAAAUGGGAUGGACAUCGAUUCAACCUAAAACAUUCGACAUUAAUGCCGUGUACCAAGACUAUAUGAUCCGGAGUGUUGCCACUGAAGAAGUUGAUGCAAAAUAUCAACAGAGUUGA